GGGAAAAAAACAUAAAUACAAUAUUUGAAGAAGGAUGUUGCAUUGACAAAAUAUUCUAAACUUGGGUCAGCAAAAUCAACACGAAAAAUGAGCUUGAUGGAUACUACGAGACUGGUCCUCAAGUCUUUAGUUUUGUCAAGUCCGGAACCACUGACAAUAGAACAGUUGGAUCGUGACUACGAGAAACAGGAAGGAAGACGAAUUCCAUUCUCGAAGCUUGGCCAUGCUAAUUUGAAAUCGUUUUUAUUAAGUAUGCCUGACAUAUUGGCAUACAAUUCAUCUAAACGUACGUUAAGUCUAGCAACACAAGAGGGCGGAAAGAGCGAGCAUAUCCUUAAAUUGGUUUCUGGCCAGAAGACCGGUAAAAAAAGGAACCACAAUUCGAAAUCAUUCAACCAUUCAAACAAUUCGAACCAUUUCAACAAUAAUGGGCAAAACCGCGAAAUUAAAAUUUGGGACACUCAUCCUCUCAAUCACAAUCAACCGAAUUACAAUUCAAAUUACAAUCGCCCGAAUUACAAUACAAAUUACAAUCAGCCGAAUAACAAUGCAAUUUACAGUCAGACACAAUACAAUGGGUCCUAUCAAACACUUGCGUUUGAACCGGGCAAUUUGUUGUCUCCCCCAAGUUAUAUACGUGGUUCACUACUGGGAGUACCGCCACUACCACUAAUGCGACUUGCUGUCCCAUGUCCCGCAAUGCCUGUAACGAAUCAGACAACAGUGCCACGACAUGAUUUAAAUGGACGACCAAAGACCUUCAACAAAUUCAAACAGGACGCGCCUAAGAAGAAUUCGACAACUAACGGUGAACGAGCGCCUAACAAGAAGCUAAAUGACGAUCCAGACACAUUGGACGGAACGACCGAUUCUAAUUCGGAAGAAGUUGGUGCAUUACCUCCCAUGGACGAUGACGAUCCAAUCAAAUUCAUCGGAUCCAAAAUGAUGAGCAGUAAAUACGGUCGAAAUAUACCACUGGCAACAAUGCCAAAGACUUUGAAGCCGGGACACGUUCAACAGAUAUUUGUUACCGAGGUGACAAAUUUUCCAUAUUUUUUCUUCCAACUUGCUGGUUCCGACGAAACUAUGAGAGGACUACAAGAAGAAUUGAAUUUGACAUACGACGAUAACAAUGCCGUUGAACCAGCCGAAAUGAUUCGACGAUCGGAAAUACAAAUCGGUCAUGUUUGUGCCGCCUUUUAUGCAAACAAAUGGUCGAGAGCAGAGAUACUGUCACACGACGACGAUCGCUUAAAGUUGUUAUUUGUUGACUAUGGAACGAUUGACUAUGUUUCAAUUGAAGACACCCGCUAUCUGUACGCAGAUGUGUGCGAAAUUCCUCGGCUGUGUCAUCGUGGUGCAUUAGCAUUCCUGGAACCGUUGAGAAACAAUCAACUUGAACAGAAAAUUAUUAAAAUUUUCUGUGAAAUGGUAGCCGAUCGAUCGUUGAUUGCCGUUUUUUCGAGUGUCCAUGAAAGCGAUCACAUCUCGAUGACUUUGGUCGACACAAGUGAUAAAAAGGCUGACUUAAUUAUAAAUAAGAGUUUAAUGGAAAGUCUUUGAACGUAGAUCGGAUUACGAGCUGGGCGUACAUUAAUCAUUAAUUACUCGUUAUGUUGACGUUUUAAAAUGUGUCAACGACACACCAAACCCAAACCAAAAAUGAAAAUCUCGCCAUUUUACUCAUUAGACAAUUUGUAACCGUAGCAUAUUUCGCUGCGGAUUUUAUUCUUUUUCAUUUUCAAUUGUUUUCACAUUCAAUUGGGAGAUAAGCCAAUUUUACUGCAGAAACGUACACGCACGGAAUUUUGAAAACCGACACUUUUUUUGUUUCUGUGUUUUACUCUAGUUUUUGAUUUCUCCAUACAUGCUCAA